AUGGUGGCGAUCACAGUGCCCUGCACCAUCGACCAGAUCCCGCUGGUCAAAUGCCCCAAGGCAGCGAAUGCCGCGGUGCCGACCGUAGACCUGUCGGCACCAGGCGCGGCUGCGGCCGUGGCGGACGCGUGCCGCGGCGUGGGCUUCUUCUGCGCGACCAACCACGGCGUGCCGGCGGCCCUCGCCGAGGCGCUGGAGUCCCGCGCCGGGGCCUUCUUCGCGCUGCCGCACAAGGACAAGCUAGAGCACGCGUCGGUGCGGCCCUUCGGGUACGGCAGCAAGACCAUCGGCCCCAACGGCGACGUCGGAUGGCUCGAGUACCUUCUGCUCUCCCUCGGCUCCAGCACAAUACAGGCAUCCUCGCUGCCACCGUCGCUCCGGGCGGCGCUGGAGGAGUACACGGUGGCGAUCAUCUCCGUGCUGCGGUCCAACGGCACUGGUGGCCUCCAGAUCAUGCUCCGCGACGGCCGUUGGGUCCCCGUGGCCCCCGACCCCGAUUCUCUCUUCGUCAACGUCGGCGACGCACUCCAGGUGCUGACGAACGGGCGGUUCAGGAGCGUGAAGCACCGAGUGGUGGCGCCGGAGGCCGGGAAGCAGUCUCGGCUCUCGGUGAUCUACUUCGGCGGGCCGGCGGCCACGCAGCGGAUCGCGCCGCUGCCGGAGCUGAUGCGGGACGGGGAGCAAAGCUUGUAUAGGGAGUUCACCUGGGGCGAGUACAAGAAGGCCGCCUACAAGACUCGCCUCGGUGACCACCGCCUCGGCCCAUUCGAGCUGCCCCAAGCCGUCACCGCCGCGGUCAAAGAAAACACCAGCACCGAUCACAACUGCAGCAGCAAGGCCGUCCAACCGCCACCGCCGCCUCACGUCGCACAAGUGUACUAG